AUGCAACAAUCAUUUGGUAUGAUUCAACAUCCACAACCAUUACAACCAUCAUCGAUUGUUGUAGGAGCAGCAGCAGCAGCUAAACCAACUACUACUUCUUCUCCUUCUUCUUCUACUUCUGGUGGACCAACACCAGUUGUUAUUCAACCACCUGUUGUCAUUACAACUACUACAACUACCACCACUACAACAGUCAACAAUAGUAAUUUGGCAAGUGGUGGUGGUGUAAUCGGAAUUUCAUCAUCUUCGGCACAAGGGUUAUUCACAUUGCCAGAGGGACCUGUCUUUAUGUCACCCAAUCGUCUCUUGACAUCGUUUAACCGCGAAGUCAUCAAAAAAAACCCCGAAGAGUUCAAGAUUGCCUGUCUCCAAGACAUCCAAAACAUAUUUCCACCCGGAUCACAGCCCUUUUAUGCUGGAUUUGGCAAUAGAUCGACCGAUGCAACUGCCUACAACGCCGUGGGCAUCCCAAAUGGCAAAAUAUUCACAAUCAACCAUGAUGGUAUCAUCAACACCAAUAACAACACCUACAACAAGAGCUACACCAAACUUAAUGACCUCGUACAAGACAUGUUCCCACAUGCCAAAACUUCGGUCGACGAGCAAUGGAAUGAGUUCCAUUAUUGGCGUAAAACACGAGUUUUACCAAUUUCAAAACUUGAACCAUUAUAA